AUGCGAGCACUUGCGCCAGACCACUUCCCAAACACUUGCGACAGGACUCGAGACAGUCCUUGCAGAAGUGUUUACAUUGCUGAGUUUGCUGUCCGACGGAGAACUUGCGACACGUUUCUCGCAGAUAUUGCAUCUAGAAUGGCAUCAGUAUUUAACAUGGACAUAUCUGAAGUCGAAAAUGAGCUUCUGAAGCAUAAAAAUGAUAUUCAGAUCAAAUCCAGGGCAACAGGAGGAAGUUUCUGGAACCUUCUCAGUGAAGAAAAAUAUCCCAAUGUCAGAAAAUGUGCCAUGUACCUCACAGCAUUUUUUGGAUCAACCUGCCUUUGUGAAUCAACAUUUUCACACAUGAAACACAUCAAAUCCAAAUACCGAUCAACAAUGUCAGAUGAACACCUGGAUGCUUGCUUGAGGCUAGCAGUCACCGCCUACAGUCCUAAUUACACAAAGCUGGCAGACAACAUGCAGUGCUAA